AUGCGCGACAUGAGUGUUGCCGUCGUGUCGCUUCCAUACUGGCGGUAUUUGGGCCCCCGCGGUACAACUGAAUCUUUCAAAGAGCCUGGAAGGCUGACUUUGCUUCGCACUCUGCCUGGUUUCACUCCCCCUUUUCUUGUUACUCCGCGGCGUCUUCCGAUCUCGGCGAUGUCUGGGCGCCUUAUCGACGCCACAGUUCGCUCUAGGAGACAAGCAAGACAAGUUAUAGUGGGACGAUGGAGGGAGCACACGUGCAACGGGCGUAUUUGCCACAAGAUCAGCCAUUUCGGGGUAGUUGGUGUCGUUGAUAGGGUAUCUCCAACUGAGCGUUGACCUGGGUUUGAAGCUAGAACUAGACUAGAAGAAAGAAG